GAAGCGAUGCCGAAUCCCAGCCUGUGUCGGGCAGACGGACACGGAGCCGAAGAUGCCGAAUUAGGAAUCUGUUUGGAUAAAUUGAAUGUCACGGCGGGAGAUUCGAGGGACUCCGAAAAGCGUUGGCGAUUUUUCCCAUUCACGCCGGAAACGCACGUCAGCCCGGAUAAAAUGGGAAAAGAUUUUUGGUUCUGGGACUACAUCAAGUAUCCUUACGAAGAGGGGCCAGGAUGCUGCUCAGACACAGCAAUAUCCUUUCAUUAUGUGCCAGCUCCGCAUUUUUACACCCUCGACUAUUUCGUGUAUCACCUGAGACCAUUCGGAAGGAACAUGGUUUAUGCUUCAUUGAACAGCCACGUGGAGAGAAAUGAACAAGAAGAAAGCACACAACUACAGGCUGUGGGUUCAGAUGUCGCUCUUUUGCCUGCCAUUCCAGACAGAACAAAGAAUGAGGAGCUUGUAAUCAAUCAAGCAGCACCUGAAGCAGCAGCAGAUGGAGAAAAAUUGAAACAAGACCCGCAGAAAUGAACGCAUACUCAAGGUCAAUCGUGAGCUAAAUGACGAUUGAAAUUAUUUUUAUCGCGCAAAUAAACAAGAUUUGGAACAGAAAGCGCAGCAAUGAAAAAAAAAAUUGUUCAACUUUGGCAUUUUGCAAUAACACUAUUACGUACGACGCAUUCAUCUGUAAAUUUGUUUUAUUUUGAUGCGUGCGAGAGAAGAUACCAUUUGUUUCUGUCUCUUUUUGCGUGGGUUGAUUGUUGCAAUUGAAACAAGAAUAUGUUUGGCCAUUCCUCUGUUGUGAUUUCACUGCCUUGGGUGAUGAUUUAUAAGGCAAUGUUGUUGAUGAAGCGUGAUGAAAUGGGGAAAGGAAAACCUGAUUUUCGAAUGAAA